CCAUAUGACCACACAUAUCGUCACUCGACACUGAAUCGGACGCUCGUGUCUCAACUGUCUACAGUAAACAUGAAGUACUUCAUAUUGCUAGUUGCUGUCACUCAAGCGUUAUUAGCAAGCGGGCAGCCAACUAAUACGAUUCCAGCACCUCAUAUAACCAUUCUGACAGCCCGGGACGACUCCCUCGACGUAUCCUGGAGUAAAGUCGAAAAUGUAAUCUCAAACGAACCCGUUCUCGGAUAUGUGGUAAAAGUGUGGGAGAUUCCACCUGUAACGGUAUACAAAUACGAAGUUAAGGACGGAGAGAAAGUGCUUGUCCAGGAGCAAAAAGAGCCUGAGCUGGACACGACCAAGAUACCCAGUGGAGUACCACGCGAGAUCAAAGUUCCCGAUGCUACCAUUACCACGGCUAACAUAGACGGUAUAAAGUUCAAUGUACUUUACCACAUCAGAGUGCUGGCUUAUACUAAGUCACAGCAAGGACCAUUGUCGGACGCAGCAGGAAUCAAACUCAUCGAUAACGACACAAAAACCUCGUAGAUUAAAAAAAAAACUUUAGGAAAUAAGUGAUUUAAAACUGCAAACCUUUGACAUGUGCCUUCAAGUGAGUUAACAGUUGAUUUAUUAUUAAAAUAUUUGUACAAUUAUUAUUAAAUUAAAUAUUGUAAACAAUUAUUAUAAAUAUUUAAAUAAAUAAUUAUAUAUAUA